AUACCGAUGAGAUGACACAAACUGAUCGAAGAACAUAAUACCGAGUAGUACUUUACAAGACAAUGCAUUUGUUUCAGUGUCUAGGUUUUGUAGUUAUUGUAUUAGCGUUGGAGGUUUCAAGUAGUGAAAUUACUGAUUAUAAUGACGGUUUGACUGUAAAAGACAUAGUUUUGGAAAUGCAAAAUGCAAUUAAACAUCUAAAUUUGCGAAUAAAAAAUCUUGAGACAUCAGAGAACCGUUUGCUCCUGGAACAGAAAAAUUCCAAACAGCAUAUAGAAGCACUGGAACUUCGACUUUCAAAAAUACAACACGAUCUUAAAAACUGCCAAAGAAUAGACCAGAGCAAACAACCUGUAGAUGGGUUCUUCGAAAAUGGUGAUCCAUUAAGAAAAUUUAAUAAUGCAAGCAAAGAGCGAGGUUCACUAUCAGCAAUCAGAAAAGAACGACUCUUAAUACCAAUGCCCACACCGACACCAGCGACUACAAUUUCCGAAGUUGCAUUUUUUGCCUACAUGUCACAACCAUUAACAAACCCAAGUGGAGAAUAUGUAAUCAAAUUUGAUGUUUUAAAGAUUAAUGUUGGAAACGCCUACCAUCCGCACACUGGGGUUUUUAAUCCACCAACUUCGGGUAUUUACGUCAUGGCUUGGAGUCUGCGGUCAAGAAUUACAGAAAGACAUUCAACUGAACUUGUUGUUAACAGUGAUGUGUAUUCAUCAAUGUAUUCAUAUUCACAUAAUGACGACGACCAACACAACACAGGAAUUGUUGUAGUUCAUGCGAACAAGGGGGAUGAUAUCUAUGUGCGUAUCAAAAUGGACAAGCAUGUUGGCGACAUAUGGAGCGAUGCUUAUGGAAGAUCAACAUUAGCUGGAUGGAAAAUAUAUUGAGCUGUAGAUAAUAAAGUAAAUGUA